AUGGUACGCUUGAGAUCUGCCCCUCGCCUGUUUCUUUCAUGCGAAGAAAUUCUCUACCUCAUCGGCUGGCUCGUUGGCUUGACAUGGGCCGCCGACCUGCGCUCCGUCAACACGGGUUGGGGCAUUCUCCGCGGAGAAGUUGUAAGCCCCGGGGCGGAAGACCUACCACCCGUCGCCCAAUAUUUAGGAAUUCCUUAUGGGGUCGCGCCAACGGGUCAGUACCGCUUCAACAUGGCCAUCUCGGCGGCGAAGUGGACGAAUGCUGCAAAAGAUGCCAGAGGCCUAGCUUCAGUUUGUAUGCAAGCCGGACUGCCGGAGUUGAGCGUUAAUCGAGCGUUUGAGCACACAUCUGCGCAACGCUUCGACUACAUCCACAAGCUACUACCUCGGCUAAAACAACAGUCUGAAGAUUGUCUCUACCUCAAUCUUUACGUCCCAGAGCGGUUAGAAAUCACCAUCCGAGAAAGCCUACUCCCCGUCCUCGUUAUUGUCCAUGGCGAUGACUACGGCUGGAAUUCCGGAAACCCCUAUAAUGGCACGAUUCUUGCCGCUCACGGUCAGAUGAUCGUCGUCACCCUGAACUAUCGAUUGGGCGUAUUCGGUUUCCUUGGCCGGUGUGAAUCCAGCUCUUGCCAGGGGAACUCCGGGAUUUCCGAUCUCGUUUCCGCCUUGAAGAUGCUCAGCGGGAUUCUACCAGCUUUUGGAGGAGAUCCGAAGGCAGUGACGUUGUUGGGUUGGGGCUCCGGAGCCUCAUUGGUCUCCCUAUUAAUGGCCUCCCCAUUGACGCAACCUUCAAGAAGACUCUUUCAACGAGCCGUGCUUCUCGACGGCUCAGCUCUUGCUCCUUGGGCAAUGUCGCACAACCCGCAGCCCUUCUUCAUGGAGCUGGCCGACAAGCUGGGGUGCUCGGGGAAGAAUUCGACAUCCCAAUUUCAAGGUGGCAUCGAGGCGAUGGUCAGAUGUAUGCAGGAUCACACAGCCGAAAGCGUAUCAAAAGCUGCGCAGAAAAUUGAUGUCCCAACUUUUCUAUCAGCAUUUGCACCAAUUGUGGAUGGACAGUUAAUCCCAAACCGUCCCAGACACUCCUUCAACGAGUUCGGCUCGCUUUUCCGUGAAAUUGACCUCCUCGUCGGCACCACGUCACAUCCAGCUCAUCAAUUUUUGUCAAAUGACGAUCUAAAAAACGGGUUGAGCGCAGAGAGAAGGGAGAAGAUCUUCAGGACCUUGGUACGGAACCUAUAUGACUUUCACCGCUCCGAAAUUCUAUCCGCCAUCAUCAACGAGUACACGGAUUGGGAUAACCCACAGGACCAUCCAAAAUCCAUCCGAAAUGGUGUACUCGGUGCGCUAUCAGAUGUCCUCUACAAUGCUCCGCUGAUAGAAACGUUACGGAUGCACAGUUCGGAUGAGCAACGAGGGCAGGGCAAGAGCUUUAUGUUCGUGUUCGGUCAUGAAACUCGUGCCUGGUCAUCCGAACAACCAAAUUCUGGAGUUCGAGGCUCUCUAAGCGGUGACCACAUACCGUACCUCCUCGGUUAUCCACUCUUCAAAGGCGAGAAAGAAGAUAGGCUCUACUCCGGGUUCUCCCCGGAAGACAAGGGACUCUCGAAAGUGAUGAUGCAGUACUUGGCGAAUUUCGUCAAGUCUGGGGACCCGUCAAAACCCCAGGGGAUGACGCGGACCUCAUCAAUUGAGGAACGUUUCCAUUCAAUCGCUUGGCCGCAAUUUGAUCAGCCGAAUCGGGAAGCAUACUUGGAGAUAACCGACCGUCCCAGGGUGAAAAACUACUACCGGAAUGCCCAGGUCGGCUUCUGGACCGGACUCGUCCCCCAACUUCAUAACUCUGGAAAAGAAGGCACGGGGAUCCCGGAUGACCACCAUUUGUUGCCCCGACACUUUGCCAAGGAGAGUUUCUACGGGAAGGUCAGGCCCUACGGUGGAUAUGCUAAUGAGCCGUUCCCACCUCCACCUAUGCCACCAUCACCACCGCCCAAGGAUAUCAAGAAGGCUACGCCCCCUCCAAUGCAAUCGAGCACCGGCCAACCAACUCCUGCUCCCGUAACAACCGCCCACUACGGCUCUUACCUCACCUACAUCCUCGCCAUCGGCACCGGCAUGCUGCUGCUCAACAUCUGCGUGCUGAUCAUGAUUUGCAGACAGUGCGACAAGACGCGGAACACGAAGAAGAAGCUGCAACUACAGUACCAGACGUACGCUUCCAAUCACGCGCUCGGGGCAAGUGAUGGUCUGACUUUUGGCCUGAACUCACCAGAACCGCUGCUGGCCGCCUCCCACAAGCAUUCACAAUCCGGGCUGAGGACUGGGGUCUCACCAACUUGCCCGCGUCAUGGAAGAGCUGCGAUUGCGCUGCAUGGGUCCCGAGGCAACUCGCUGAUUUCGGCUGGUACCGGCCCGCCAACGCUGGAGGAAAUUCAAGUC